ACCCCACUGGGGAUCAGGAGACAGAAAGCCAUUAGUUGGCACUAAAACUAUUUCCCAGUGUGUGAACUCGGAGUAAAGUGCUGGAGGUGGACAAUGCACCCAGCAUGGCUGUAGCUGCAGCAGCCCCGGAUGCCAGGGUGCAGAGGAGCGGCUGGCUGGAGGUCCUGGUCCGGGAGAGGUGGCACAAAGUUGGGGUGAACUUAUACGAGGACUCCCUGGUGCUGAGCAGUGAGGACAUCAGCUCCAAUGGCAUCACCAAUGGCACCUACAGAAGCCCCCAGGACCAGGAGCAGCCUGGCAGCCCCAAGGGGGUCAGGACUGCCCUCACUGACCUGCCAGAGCAAGUGCCCGAGGCUAUUGCCAACAAGAAGAGGGCAGUCAAGGUGGUGAAGCAGGAGUUGGGGGGGCUGGGCAUCAGUAUCAAGGGGGGCAAGGAGAACAAGAUGCCCAUCCUUAUCAGCAAGAUCUUCAAGGGGCUGGCAGCGGACCAGACUCAGUCCCUGUAUGUUGGGGAUGCCAUCUUAUCUGUCAAUGGGGUGGACCUGAGGGAUGCCACUCACGAUGAGGCUGUGCAGGCUCUGAAGAAGGCUGGCAGGGAGGUGAUCCUGGAGGUGAAGUACAUGCGUGAAGCCACACCCUACGUAAAGAAAGGAUCUCCGGUAUCAGAAAUCGGAUGGGAGACUCCGCCUCCUGAAUCUCCGCGGCUGGGUAUUUCCUCAGCUUGUCCGCCAUCACCUAUUUCUCUGCCCAGUUAUGGGGACAGAAAAACCAUUCCUCUUAAGAUGUGCUUUGUGACAAGGAGCAUGACCAUUCCUGAUCCAGAGAACAGACAUCUAGAGCUGCAUUCACCUGAUGCCAAGCACACCGUGGUGUUAAGAAGCAAAGAUCCGGCAACAGCCCUGACCUGGUUCAACGCGAUCCAUGGCGUAGUGAUGGAACUAGUUGCCAAGGUGAUUACAGAAGUUAAGGAUCAACUGGGAAAAAACGGGAUCUCUGGGAGCCAAGAAUUUCGACAUAUGGGCUGGCUGGCGGAAAAGGUGCCGGGAGAAAAUGAGAAACUCUGGAAGCCGGUGCUUAUAGUCGUUACGGAGAAGGACCUGCUAAUGUACGACAGCAUGCCCCGCAUGAAGGAGGCCUGGUACAGCCCUGCGCACAGCUACCCCCUCAUAGCCACCAGGUUGGUCCAUUCUGGGCCAGGCAAAAGUUCGGCACUACAAGGAACGGAAUUUUCCUUCGCCACAAGAACUGGUUCCCGGCAAGGGAUCGAGACCCAUCUGUUCAGAGUGGAGACCAGCAGAGACCUCUCACUGUGGACAAGACAAAUCGUCCAGGGAUGUCACAACGCUGCCGAGCUCAUAAAAGAGAUCACCACCCCAUGUACUUACAAGAACCAAGACUGCCGGCUGGUGAUAAACUACGACCACGGCUUCUCCAUUGCCGCUCAGGCGCCGGAUGGUACUUUCACUAAGCUACUAGCACAAUUCCCCUAUGAAAAACUAAAAAUGUCCUCAGAUGACGGGGUUAAAAUGCUGUUUUUAGAAUUUGGAGGCAAAGAUGGAGACAUACAAUUGGAUCUUCAGUGCUGCCCGAAGCCCAUCGUCUUCAUCAUCCAUUCCUUCCUCUCUGCCAAGAUUACAAGGCUAGGAUUGGUGGCAUGAGGCCAGUGUUGAGAAGACGUCACAAGACAUUCACUAGCGUUGACGUUCCGUACUACACCUUCAUGGGGCGGACUGUGAGAAAAGUCCUCAUGGUGGUUUUCGCGAUUAAUGGUACUCGACUAAAGAGAAUUCCCAAAGCGGAGGAGGAUACGAGGGAUCGGAUGGACUGUAAAUCUGCCGGAAGCGCAGAAUAAAUCUAGAUCUUAUUAAUCUAUCGAAGGUGGAAGAUUCUUCCGGUUCGGUUUGUAGAUUAAGCCGCCGCUCAGUAAUAAUCCUAAUUAUUAGUUAAUAUCACGAGGUUUGGCGUAGGGUCCAGAGUCUCCAUCAAGUUUAGGCGGCCAUUGGGAGGAGGAGUUAUUCUGAAGAACCUAUCCAACUGGGAGGAGCUAGUGAUGUCACUGAGCAGCAGGUGGAGCAUCACGAAAAAGCAAUUCAGAAGGUUCCUGCGGAUAUCCAUAAGAAACACAUUGCAGUUCUCAAUCUUAACACUAAGUAUUUCCUCUAGAGCAGAGGUCCCCAACCCAGUCCUCAGAGACCACCAAUAUUCCAGGAUUUUAAUAUUUCCCUGUUCUAUUCCAAUGGAGUAACCCAGAAUGUCGGGGGCCUUGGGGACUGGUUUGGGAAUCACAGCUCCAGAGGCCUUGGCACCACUAUGUAUCACAGGGUCAUUAUUCACUUGGGUGCCGUAUAAUACUGUACUAUGUCAGUAAACUACUUACCUUAGGGAGAAUUUACCCAAGGAAGGUAGUUGUCUAAGGCCUCAUUCACACGGUGAAAAUUCAAUGUGGAAUCUGGCGGAAAAAUUCCAGCAGAGUCCCAUUGAUUUCAAUGGCGCCCAAAUUUUCCUGGGCAAACAUUCCAGCUGUGUGAACAUAGCCUGAGCUGCACAACUUCUCUCUAGCGGACAUGUUUGCUCCCCUUGGUCUAUUGUAGUAAAUACAGGUCUUCCAUGUAGUCUCCAUAGAAUAAUAGACAACUGUUCCCCUUGUCGAUAAGGUGUCUCCCUACACCAGGGUGCCUACAUGCUGCUGCAAAACUACAACUCCAAGCAUGCAGGGACAGCCCAAACACAUGCACGCUCGGCCAAACUGAGUGUGUGUGAUAUCUGCACUGGUAAAUACACUACCGGAGACUUUAAAAAAAAUACAAUGUCCAUUAGGAACUCCGUAGCUGCCCAAUAUUUGACUAUGCCAUACAAGAUUUUAUAUAUAUAUAUAUAUAUAUGGAUUGACCGAUAUUGAUUUUUUUAGAGUAGAUACCGAUAACCUGUGAACUUUCAGGCCGAUAGCCGAUAACUUAUACCAAUAUUCUGUGCAUUUUAAUCCCCCCCAAUAUCAUUGGUAAAAUGAGGGUGCACUUGUGGGUAUACCCUGAUAAACUGUUUCUGGCCCCGCAGAUCAA